GGAAAGGAUGCAAAAUAUUGGCCAACACAAAUAUCAUUAUUAUUUUGAUUGUCUUCCAGAAGGGGAGGAGGAACAAUUGCAGCAACAGACAUCAAAUUAUUAUAUGGGAGAAAACAGAAUUAAUUAUGGAUAUGAAUCGAAUGAAACAAGUAAUUCAACUCCUCCAAUAUUUACUUUAAAAUUUUUACCCUCUUCAUCAACUAAUAUUUUUGGAGGAGAAGAAGGAAAUUUUAAAACAUGGAGUGGUGGUGCGGGUGUUUCUGCUAUUACUGUAAAUAAUAAAUUGGUGAAUAAAAAAUUAUUUUUAUAUUUUUAG